UUUUUUUUUUUUUUGUUUUUAUUCUUUAAAUAAUAUCUUUUAUAGGAGAAUUAACUUGUUUUCAAGCUUAUGAUCCAGAUGAAGGUAAUAAUGGACGUAUUAUUUAUUCAUUUGAUCAUUUUGAUGAUAAAUUAAUACAGUUUUUAUAUUUAAAUAAUGAAACUGGUUGUUUAUUUAUAAUUCAAUCAUUAUUAUUAACAUCAAUUGAUUUAAUACCAUUAUUACAAUUAAAUAAUCAUUUAUUAUUAACAAUACGUGCACAAGAUUGUGGUUCACGUAUGAGUUCAACAUUACCAGUAUAUCAUCCAUUAGAAUUAAUUAUUGAAGAUAUUAAUGAUCAUAAACCAAAUAUUCAAGUUAGACAAAUUAUUUCAUCAAUCGAUAUUAUUAAAAAUAAUUCGAAAAUAAAUGUUAUGGAAAAUACAAUUGGACUUUUAGCUAUGAUUACUGUUGAUGAUAUUGAUCAAGGAAUUUAUGGACAAGUUCAAUUAACUUUAAUUGUACAAACAUCAAUUAAAAAACAUCGACAAGCUUUUCAACUUAAACCAACAUCAAUGAAACAUUAUAAAAUCGAAUUAAUAAAUCCAUUAGAUUAUGAACUUGAAUCAUCUAUUAUUUUAUUUCUUGAUGCAAUUGAUGGUGGUGGUGAACAUUCACGUUUUAUAAUAAAUAUUAUAAUUGAUGAUACAAAUGAUAUGCCACCACAUUUUGAACAUGAUCAUUAUCAUUUUAUAACAAAUAUUCAAUCGUCAUCAUCAUCAUCAUCAAUAUUAUCAUCGGAUUUAACAAUUGUUGGUCAAGUUCAUGCUAUUGAUCCUGAUAUAUCAACAAAUUCACUUAUAUAUUCAUUAAAUUCAAAUUUAUUUCAUAUAGAUUCUGAAACAGGUCAAAUUAGUUUAAAUCAACCAUUAUCAAUAAAUAUGACUGAUCAAACAAUAACAUUUAAUGUAACUGUAUCCGAUGGUGAACAUAUUGAUCAAACACAUGUUAUUAUAUCAAUUGAAGGUCUUAAUCAUCGACCAGAAUUUGAAAAAAAUCAUUAUAUUUUUCAAAUAAAUGAAAAUGUACCUGUACGUACAAUUGUUGGACAAAUUAUUGGUAAAGAUAAAGAUUUACCUGGUACAAGACGUGGUGAAUUAACAUAUACACUUCGUUCAAUAACACCUUAUUCAGAAUUCUUUUUUCAUACAAGUCAUACAGGACAAGUUCUUGUUACGAGAAUACCUGAUGCUGAACAACAACAAAUACAUCAAUUUAUUAUAACUGUUAGAGAUCAUGGUACACCACCAUUAUCAAGUGAAGCAAAAUUAACAAUAAAAGUAAAUGAUAUAAAUGAAUAUUGUCCACAUUUAGUUAAUUUUUCUUCUGAACCAUAUAUAUUUAUAUCUCGUCAACGUUUUAAAAAAAAUUUAGGAGAAAUAUUUCAAUAUCGUUUAUUUGCAUAUGAUAAAGAUAUAUCAGAUCAAUCAAAUAUAACAUUUAAUUUACUUUCAUCAAAAUAUUCAUCAAUAUUUAAACUUAAUUCAAAUGGUUUAUUAACAAUAGAUGAUCUUCCAUUAAAAAUUCCAUCAAUAAUUGAACUUGAUUAUUCAUUAACAGAUAGAUUUUUUCCUGAACCAUGUAUAAAACAAGGUAAAUUAAUAAUAUUAAUUGGUGAUACAUCAAUUGAUCGGGAUUAUUUAAUAAAUGAAUAUGAAAAACAAUUAGAAACAUCUCAACAUCAACGUUUAAUGACACAAAAAUUAACAAAUAAUAAACGUAAAAAACAAGAAAUAAUUAUUAUUUUUUUAACAUUUAGUUUAUCAACAUUAAUUAUAUUUCUUGGUGUUUUUUGUCUUUUAUUUCUUAUUUGUUGUCGAAAACAUAAACGACGAAAUCGAGAACGAUCAAUAACAACAAAAUCAUCAUCUUUAAUUAAUCCAUCUUUGUUAGAAGAUAGUAAACAACAAUCACCACAUUCAUUUAUUACGGAUUGUAAUGGAAAAAGUUCACUUCUUCCACCAUUAAGAUAA